AUGACAAUUUAUAAAGAAGAUGAAGCAUCAGAUGUAGAUGCAAUUCAGGUCUGGAGUGCAAAGGAAUUAGAAAGUGAAUUUACAACGUUUUUAAAAGCAUAUGAAGAUAAAGAAACAGAAUUCAAUUGGGAAGCUAGAGACAAAGCAAUCGCACGUUUAAGAGGAAUGCUUCGAGGCAAUGCAACAAAACCUCCCUAUCUUGAAGUCUUCAUUGCAUGUAUGAAACAGAUGGUCGACGGCAUUAUAAAAGCAGUAGAGAGUUUACGUACUCAGUUAUCAGUAAAAGCGCUUUUGUUGAUCGGCGAUAUAGGUAUAUUUAUGGGCAAACAUUUAGACAACUAUAUGACAGAUCAAAUUCUAUUAUGCUUAUUUCGUUGUGCAAGUUUAACAAAGAAACUUGUUGCGAAUGCAUCUUUGGAAGCAACUAAAAUCUUUUUAAAGCAUACUCCGUUUUAUCCUAAAAUUAUGAACAUGCUUCUAUUGUUGAUGAAUGAAAAAAAUAGUCAGGUUCGACUUUAUACCAUUACUUAUACCAAAACUUUAUUGCAAGCACAUGCACAUCGUGAUCAUACUCGUUUAGUCAUGGAUCGUACAAAUGCAACUGAUCAUUUUGAAACGCUUUUGACAAAAGGUUUAAAUGAUGCGACUCCUACUGUUAAAGAAAUGUGUCGACAAGCAUUUUGGAUAUUUUGGGAACAUUGGAGAUCAAGAGGAACAGUGAUGCAACAACAUAGUCCAAGUGCAUCACCAAAGAUAUCAAAUUCAUUAAACCCGCUCGAUGUCUCUCGAGCUAUGUCUCCACAUCUUAGAUCCUAUGGUUCACCUCCAACAUUAUCUUCUUCCCUUUCUUCUCAUUUACAAAGACCUCAUUCCUCUGCUUCAACUACAACUGCUACCAACAUGACCCAUUCUCAUGCUUCACCUCCUUUACAUCCCUCACGCACAAAUAUGCCACGUGUGCUCACACGAAAGAAAUCAAUGGGACUCAUCAGACGAAAACCAUUGAACAUUCUCUCUCUCCUUCAAAGUGAUGAUUCAACACAGCGAUCUGAGGGUCUUGCUCAACUUGCAAAACGACUUCGUCAACAGCUUCCUUAUCAUCCCUCUCGCAUCGUCUUACCCCACAUUCAUCUCUCUGAUACUCUUAUCGUCGAAGGGGAAACACUCAAGGCUAUCCUUUCCCAGAUAUGGGACCAGCACCCUGAGGCCUUUACUCAUUGGGAAAUAGCAACGUGUAUCAUUUUACCUCUAUUUGGUAUGGAAGAAGCUCUGUUGAAAUGGAUUGCGAAUGAGGAAGCUCUAUUGUAUACAAAAUUAUUUUUGCAGCUUGAACAUCCACAAUGGCCUAGUACGAUAAUACAGUCCUUAAGUCAAUUACAAAAGGGUCUCCUCGCUGGCGUUCGCUUGACACCCGUCAAUCGACGCAAGUUGGUUAAACAAUUAUUGGAAUGGAUGAACGAACUUGUGAUGAUUAAUUUAGGGAAAGCAGAAGAGAUGAUGCGUUAUGAAGGAGUACCAUCCGAGUAUUGGAAUGGGACGACUGCAAGUACAUGGUUUGACUCUGAUGAAAAUGUGCAUCAAUCACUUAUUGUCUUAUUACCCAUGGCCUUUACAUCGGGUAACCUGUGGCAUGCAUCGCUUAUUGCAUUACUUAAACAUCUUCGGUUAUUAAAUCAGGGACUCUUUGAUAAAGUAAUCAUAGCAUUAUAUGAUGAUGAGAAUACGGUGAAUAAACUCUGUCGUAUUUUAGGGAUUCAUAUUCGAUUAGAAUCAAAACCUAAACGAGAACGAGAACGAGAACGAAAACGAGAACAAAAACGAAAACGAGAACAAAAACGAAAACGAGAACAAAACGAAAACGAGAACGAGAAUGAAAACGAGAACGAAAACGAAAACGAAAACGAGAACAGUUUAUCAAAAGAAACUGAAAAAAGAGAACAGAAUUGUUUAUCUGAAAAUAAAAGCAACUUAUCAAAGGUUAUCGCCACAUCACCACCUCCUAUUUUGCAAAAUGAUGAAAUCUUGUUUCAAGAAGAUAACUUGGUGGUUCCCAACGAACAACAACCGCUUAUAGAACAAUUAGAUGCUGUCCUUUCAGAUAAACCAAUGAUGUCAUCAGACUAUUUUAAAGAAGAACCUAAUGUGUUACCAACUGACUUGUUUAAUAACACAACAAUAACAACAACAACAACAACAACAACAACAACAGAGCUUCCGUCUACAAAUGAUGUAUCAAUCGAAAAUACUACAACAUUAUUGACUACAAGCGUUCCAGAUCUUGAAAAAUUCCCAGAACCUCAAUUUGUUCCCUUUUUUGCCCCGAAACAAGUCAACUUUAGUAACCCUAUCUUUAAAGAAAAUGUUCGUAGUGUAGGAAAGGAUAAGACAGGAUUACUUUAUAAUUUGAUUGAUAAACUUGAACAAGAUCCAAUCAAUACAUUUCGAAAGAUGAAUCGAAUUUUUAGAGAGGUACCGAUACGAAGACGAUGGGAUCAAGGAGGAGCAGAGGAGAUAGGUGGUGAGACUUGGGCAGGAGACUCUAGAAAGGAUGCGGGCAAUUUUGUUGAAACUGUACAAGUUAUCUUGCCUUAUAUAGUAAACAAUAAUAAUGGUGAUGAUGAUGAUGAUGAUGAUGAGGGGCAAGAAAGGGUGACAGUCUUGGCUCUUGAAUGUAUACGUCAAUUAGCCGUUACUCAAGCAGGUCUCUUUCGAUUUUAUGAACGACAAGUGAAUGAGGAUGGUGCAAGUUUAGAGUCAAGAUUGUUAGAGAAAUUAUUAAAAGUUCGAAUUAGUUCUAAUUCAACUAUACGUAUGGCUGCAGAAGAUGCAUUAGAUGCAGUUUUAGGUACAUUAAGUCCUUCUACGACAUUCGAAAUGUUAAUGGCAUUCAUUGUAUAUCGUCUUGUGAUUACACCCUUCGAUUCCAUCAAAUUGGAUAAUCCAUAUCAUCCAAUUGGAUUAGCCUUUAUAUACCUUUCAAAAUGCGUUAAAGAAAUCAAUGAUAAAUUUUAUAUUGAUGAAUGGUUAAGCAAAGGCUGUGUGAAUGCAUUUUUUAAGGGUAUCAAUCAUCCUUUCAUUCACAUAAGAAAAUCUUGCGUAGAAGCUAUUGUUGCAUUUCAUGAAGUCAUUGGAGAAAAUAUAUAUGUCUAUUUAACUGAUUUAAGAGAAGACCAAUUACAAUUGAUAAGACAUUAUGCAGCCAAAUCAUUAAAAAGAAAGAAGCAACAACAGCAGCAGCAACAACAGCAACAACAGCAACAACAACUAUUAUUUGGAAUUUAA